UUGAUGUAAUAAAAGCUUGGAUUUGCAGUAUUCUGUUUUCACAUCCAUUCGGGUUCAUUUUGUCUUUCUGAUGAACAAAAUUAUAAAUUCUUUCCUUCUUUAACAAGUUAAUUCGUUCACUAUAAUCGUCCCUUUUACAAAUCAUUUGGGAUUUAAUCGAUUCUAAUCUAUUUGAUGGAAUAUUAAGUUAUUUCAUCCAUGGAUUUUAACUUGGAUAAGAAGAGAAUUCAGAUUGUGCUCUUCAUUGUUGGGAUCAUUGUUCUCAGCAUUACUGCUGAAAAAUGCAGGCAGCUGGUGGGGGAAGAAGCAGCAUCAAAGAGUGGGCAGUUCACUUUCCUAAACUGCUUUGAUAUGAGCACUGGAACAUUAGCAUGCUCAGUUAAAGAGGGCGUGAAGCUCUACGUCAACAACAUCCAAACUGCUCAUGUCGAGCUAGCUAGGAGUCAAGCACUGGAGAAUGCACUGAACGAUGCAAUGUCACAGGGAUUGAAUGCUAAAGAUGCCGCCAAACAAGCUGCUAAAGAAGGAAAGAAGGCUGCAAAACUGGCUUCUCGUAAGGCUAGGCGGAUCACCGGACCAAUUGUAUCUUCGGGGUGGGACUUCUUUGAAGCCAUUUAUUUUGGAGGUACAAUGACCGAAGGCUUUCUUAGGGGAAGUGGGACAUUGGUUGGCACCUACGUAGUAGGAUACCUGGGGGAACAGAGGCUCGGGAGAUUUGGCUAUCUCAUAGGAAGUCAAAUCGGCAGUUGGGUUGGUGGAAGAAUAGGAUUAAUGGUUUACGAUGUGGUGAAUGGCGUCAACUUCUUGCUCCAGUUCGGUCAGAGUGAGGUAAGUGAAAAUUAUGAAUCUCAAGAUGUUUAUGUGUCUGAAGAAUUGUAGAAUAUGACUUUUUUCUUUAUGGAUUUUCAGCUGAUAAAGAUAUAUCAUAUAAUAUCAUAGUAGGGAUAGAUUUAUAAAACUCGAACUUAUCAUACUAUGGUUCUUUCACUUGCAUUUUUAUGUGAUAAUGACAAUAAUUAGAGAUGAAUACGAAUGUACAUCCAUGGAUUA